AACCACCCAGUCCUGCUGGCAGAGGGGGCAGCGAUUGUUCUGCUUCACCCAGAGGGACAUGCAGCAGUUAUGGAAGGAGUGGUUGCACUCUCCCCAGACAACUGAAACAUGGACGAGAAGGAAACACAGGGAGCGAGAGAGAGAGAGACACGGAGGGAGAGAGAGAGGGGCAGGCAUGUGUGCUCCUCCUCAGCAGUGAUAAAACAUCACUGUGAGACGAGCAUCAUUGAAGUGGAUCCAUCAUGAAAGUUCAGAUCCUGGGAGCAGCGGGCCAGGACAGACUGGAGACAAAGAGCCGAACCACAGGGACGAUGGUGAGGAGGACGACGAGAGCUCUGUGGCUGGUGGUGGGCAACAUCAUACUGUCUGUGCUGCUGGUGGUGCUGGGAGUCUACACAACCACACGCACCGAGAGCCUGAACGUGACCGGGUACAUCCCUGGAGUUAUUCUGACACUUGGAUCAUUCCUCGGACUUUUGGGACUGUGCCUGGAAGAAAACCGCAAGCAGCUGCUGACAGCUGCGAUCAUGUUCCUCAGCUUUGGGAUCAUCUCUGCUCUCCUGUGCCUGGUGAUUGAUGGCGUCUGUAUCCUCUUAAACAUGGACAUGCGUCCACUGAGAGCAGAGCGAUGUCAGUAUUACAGCAGUGGCAACAGCUACAUCUAUGAGAAUUUCUACACAUCUGUGCCAUGUUGGAAUCUAAAUGAGUCGUGUACCAUGACGGUACGUAGUGGAACGUGCUACUGCUGCGACCUGUAUGACUGUGCCAAUGGAGGCUACCUCAGCAACUACUAUGAAUUUGUGGGAAUAAAAAGCUGCAAGGACGUUUUCACUCUCUACAUUUUGAUUUGGGCGCUCACCGUCCUGAACCUUGUGGCAUUCUUCACAGGGAUUCUCAUCACGGCUGUGCUCGGAAGCAUCAAGGACUUGAGGAGCAGCCGCCCUGUGUCCGAGGACUCUGAAAGCCCAGCAACUUCCCCCACAGCUCCACAGCUAAUGGACGCCAACACACACACAGUUCACCGGCUCUACCCUGUACCUGGAAGUGACGUAAUUGGUAGACCAGCUCUCAGAUACACAGCUCCCCCUCUGGCACGGUGGAUGCUCUGCAUCUCAGCAGCUACAACGAGAGUAGUUCUUCUUCUUCUGCGGUUAAAUGUACGCAACCGGAUGUGCCCGGACUAGUGCCCGCACCGGGAGGCGCUACGGUGGUGAGAGGAGUGGUGAGGUUUUCUGAUGACGACAUCAAAUUAUGGAAGUGCCGAUCCGCUUCGCAGAGCCCAGGAAAACAAUACAACACUAUUUUCUCAGCAGUAGCUGAACUGUUGUUCUGAAACUUUAGGGUUUCAUAAAUGAGGUAAUGACGCAGAUACACACACAAACGCAGCGUUAAUUGGAGCUUCCGGUCUAUGUGGCCUUUAAAAGUUUAUUAGGACACAUGAACAAUAUAUACAAUAUAACAGUCUACAAGAAAUUAACCUGAAGUGCAAAAUGUGCAUCAUAGUACUGAGGUUGGAUGCAGUUAGUGUGAAAGGUAAACAAAAUAUAGCCAACAGACUAAAGAUACACAUGAACAUAACAUAAAUAAUAAUAAUAAUAAAAAUACACGAGACACAUCACAUUGUUUGUGAGCCAGGAGUCUCAGGAGCUCAGUCUCAAUAAAUAAACCCAAUAAAAGACGAGAGGUUAACAAAGAUGUUUUAGUUAGUUUUAUAAACACACAAUUCAGUUUUACAUGGUUAUCUUUUAAAAAAAUAAAUAAUAAUCUAGUUUUUAUUUUUAUUUCUGUUAACAAUUUCUUUUUCCAAGUUGAGUUUUUGUUAUUCUAUUAGUUUUCGUUAACUAUAACUAUAACUAUAAUAACCUUGCCAGGGAACUCACUGCCCUGUGUGUUGGAGAGUUUCUCUUGCUCCAACACCUGAUUCAAAUGAAUCGUUACCAGGCUUCUGCAGCGCUUGUUUGACGAGCUGAACAUUUGAAUCAGGUGUGUUGGAGCAGGGAAACAUGGCCCAUGAGGACCAGGAUUGAGAAACACUGAAUUAUGACAUGGUUUGAUCUAAACUGCAGUGUUUGACCGAAAUAUGAACCUGAGCUGAAGUGAAACAAUAUCUGACCACAAUGCAGAAGAAAGAGGAUGUGUCUUUCAUUUGGAUUUAAUCCAAAAUCCAAAGUGAGGUGAUUGAUGUCAGUUUGUAACUCUUUUAACUAUUUUUACUCUUUUUGAAGGGUUUUCUUGGAGAAAAGGAACAAACAUGCUGUCAUCAUCUCUGUCUUUCAGGAUGCAUCGAUGUAUUUUCCUCCGGCAGAAAACACAGAUGCUUCACAGAAUCUUCCUCCAUCAUCUUCAUCCAAUCCUCCUCCUCCUCCCUUCACACCAAUGACAAACCCGCUGCUUUUCAAAGUCCACGGCUUCUAGGCAAA